ACAUAAAUUCGUUCGUGGUAAAAGUCUAAAAUGUCUAAUUUAAAUGAUAAAUGUUCAAAUUCAAAAAAUGAAAUUUCUAAAACGAAGAUCAUAAAAAAUGGAACAAAAUUUCAAGCUUUCAAAGAAACUUUAAUCGAAUAUUUUCAAGAAAGUACAAUUAAUGGACUCAAAUAUAUCGGAAAACAAAAUCAACCAGCUUUGGAUAGAAUCAUUUGGCUUUUAGCUGUGAUUAUUUCAAUUUCAAUGUGCCUCUUUCUAAUAGGAAAUCUAAUGGACGAACGCACCAACAAUCCAAUUAUAGUAGCUUUCAACGAAAAAGUCACAUCUGUUUCAGAAAUUCCAUUCCCUUCAGUCACCAUUUGCCCGGAGACCAAAACUAGCACAGAUAUUUUCAAUUAUACAAAAGCCUAUAAGAAAAUUAGUAACUUUGAAAAGCUUACAGAAAAUGAGGAAUACUUCUGGAAUGCAGUAUCACAAAUAUGUGAACCAAGUUUUUUCAAUCUUAAUGGACAAUCAUAUUUAGCCAAUGCAUCAGAUCUAAUCAAAGCUAUGUCAAAAGUAGCUCCAUCAAUUUUAUACAAUCUUGAAGAUUGCCAUUGGAGAAGUAAAUUUGAGUAUUGUAAUAUACUGUGGAAUAAUGUUGUUACUGACGAAGGAAUUUGCUUUUCAUUUAAUUCAUUAAAAUCUGAAUAUUAUCGGACAGAAUUGUACAACGCUCGCAAAAAAGAUUUCAUCGGUUCCGGAUUUGAUAAUGUUGAUGAUUUUGAUUGGAAUUUAGAAAAUGGUUACAAGAAAAACUCAAAAUCAUGGGUAUUUCCAAAUCGUGUUUUGGGAGCUGGAGACAGAGAAAGUCUUGUUGUGUCUUUUAUGGAUAAAAAAAUAGAUCAACAGCCAUUAUGUAGAAAUUCUGUUGGAGGUUUCAAAGUAAUUCUUCAUACACCAGGUGAAGAUCCACAAGUUUCGAAGAAUUUUAUUCAAUUACCUUUAGAUCAAUCCGUUACGUUAACAAUCAGGCCGAAUAUUAUGACUUCUGGAGAUUUACGACAUUAUUCUCCAGAAAGACGCCAAUGCUAUUACCAGAAUGAACGGUAUUUGAGGUAUUUCAAAGUCUACACUCAGGCUAAUUGUGAGUCGGAAUGGCUGGCAAAUAAGACUCUUUCAGAAUGUGGAUGUGUCAAAUUUUCAAUGCCAAGAAAUUUAUCGCAUCCAGUUUGUGGAUAUGAAAGUCUUAAAUGCCUUGAAUCGGUCAUAAACGAAAGUCGAAAAUUAAAAUUUAAACAUGGAAAGGAACCAAAAAAUUAUUGCCUACCAACUUGCAUAAGCGUUGAAUACAAAACAGAGCUUGAACAUCAAGUUCCAAUUACCUAUGCUCAGAUGAUGGAAUCUUUUUCGGAAGUAGGUUAUUUAAACAAAGUAAAUUUUGUUUCAAGCUAUCGAAUAACAAAACUAAAAUUAAAAUUCCAAGAUGACACAUUCAAUGGUUUGAAGCGUACAGAAUUGUAUAGUUUGUCAGAUUUUAUUUCAAAUUGUGGUGGUUUAUUGGGACUUUUUAUGGGUGUUUCGAUAUUGAGUUUGGUGGAAUUGGUAUACUUUUUUACAUUAAGAUUAUGGACGAAUUUGAAGAAUAGAAGGAAAAUACAACAGAAUCUAGAAGAGAAUGCAACUAAAUAUUAAUUUAAUUCUACAAUAGAAUAUAGCCCGGAACACUCAACUAAGGGGACAAUAGUAGUUAAUAAACUGGGUUGGAGUCCCAUCUAAUUGGUAAUAUAAUGCAGCUAUUUGAAUCAGUGGAAUAUAUUGAAUUAAA